UGAAACUAUGUAAGUACUAUAAGACAAUAAAUUAUCCUAAUAAAGAUCUGGGCGUUUUAAUUGUUCCUUUUUUCCUUUUUUUUUUCUAUUUUCUCAGACAUCAAAAAAGUUGAUCUUACCAAAGCGAAAGAUCGAUCCCUCCUUGCGUACAAGCGAACUCUUCUUAUCGUCAGGGAGAUAGAGAAGCCGAGAGACGUGAGUUGGCAUGUAUAGAGAGAUGGAGGGGAGCUCAUGGCGGCGUCUGGCAUUCAUAGCUUUGAUUUCUCUGCACUUCGUCUUAGGUCUAUCAGGUGAUUCCAAGAAUACAAAUAAGGCAGAGUCACACACUUCUUCCAGCAGAACAGGCACAAAAGUAAUCCUCGUACUGCUCGGAUUCGUGGCUGUAGCUAUGUUCUCCUUCUUUCUGUACAAGCUAUGGCAGAAGAAGAAAAGAGACGAGCAGUAUGCUCGACUGUUGAAGCUGUUUGAGGAAGAUGAUGAACUGGAGGUUGAGCUAGGACUUCGAGAUUAAAAAAAAAAAUUACAAGCUAUCGACAAAAUGCUUGAGGCAUAUUUGUUUGUGUUAGCUUUGGUUUUUUCCGUGUAAGAUAAAUUAUAGGUAUUAAUUAUUAAAGAUGGAUCAGAGCAUGGGCCUCUUUGUUUCACCAUUUGGCCCUUUGUUUCACCAUUUGUCAUCUACAUAUAGGUGAUUCAUUUGUAUGAUCUAUUUAGAUGAUUCAUUCAGACUUUCGUGACUGUUUGUUUGUCCAUCCAAAUAGCUCAUCUAGAUGAAUCAUCUAAAUGAAUCUUAUGUUUGUUUCUUUA